UGAAUCGAAUGGAAUGGAAUUUUUACAAGCUACGCAGAACUGAAGUAUACAUAUACAGUAAAUGAAAUAUACAGUUUUUAUACAUAUAGGAUUUGAGAAGCCGGGAUGUGAUUACGAGAAUAUUAGAGCAAAGUUUUACACGAAAGCAUCCGCACAGCCUGCAGCUAACGAAGACAAGCCCAUAACAGUCUUCGGAACUGUGCAGUUGUAUGAAAAGUGCCUCCCGGAACAAGAUUUGGUCUUCUUCAUCCAAGUAUUCCAUAAAUAUCGUAAUAUAAGAAAGGCUUUGAUGGAAGUUGAUGCCACUGCCUCUCCAAUUAUUAGAAAUAAAUGCGCUUUGUAUGGCAUCACUGAUACAAUCGGUACCGCAGAAGAUAUGACGCUAUCCAGGAUUAUCCGAGCAUUCCCUGUGCAUACUGCUAAAGUGAUUUUGAAAGAACAGUUCCAGGGAAUUUUGCCAUAUUCGUCUUUCUUCCAACAAGACCUUCCAUUGUUAAUGCAGCACAACAUUUUCUCCGGCUUACUUCCCCGUUUUGAUUUCCCUGAGUUGAGACAAGUAUCAGAAGUUUUAAACAUGGAAAUAUCUGUAAAACUCGCACGUCCCGCAGAAAAGCAGGACUUCAUGAAGAAAAGUGUUAAUGAUUUUAUUAAAUAUUCGAGGAAACAUGUAGAAGCCUAUUUAUUUAGCAGAUUAGACGAUGAAAAUUCGAAGAUGAAAAUAUUGAUUGAGGCGGGGAUUGUAGAGUUCAAGGCGAAUGAGUUGGAACUCACAGCUGCAACUGUUGCCCUUGUAAAUAAACUUAAAUAUAUAGAAGCUGUCUAUUCUUUAAAAUAUUCAGAAGCUCUGGACAAACUGAAAGGUAAAUAAAGAUCUUUUGCAGGGGUUGCCGGGGUGAAUCCACUUUUUAUAUUACUUGUUGCCACGGUUAUAAAUAAAUUAAAAAUAAAAUAAUAUAAAAUAAAUAAAUUGAUUUUAUUUCAGGCAAGCACCCAUAUAAAAUAACGUGAUACACAUAGAAUUUACAAUGUAAAAUGACACAAAAGUGUAAAAAAAUAAAAUAACUGUAAAACAAUAAUAUUUUUUUAAAUUACAAUUAAAAAUAAAAUAACUACUUUCGGUUCGCAUCUUGAUGCAGAGACAGCCAAAACCUACAGAUUGGACUGUGCAAAUCCUCAGUAAUCGUGGCUAGGAUACAGUUCUCAGAGCUGCGCAGCCUAUUCCAAAAUUAGAAUUACGGCAAAAAAUAUCGCACCCGUGGCGGAUAUAUGUAGUAUGCCAAAAAAUCACAAAUAAUUCGUAGCAUAACUAUCUGCGAGGAUAUUACCGUAUUUGUUGUGGUUCUUGAGAUAUUUUGUUCCGGCUCCAUACAUUU